CCGCCGCUAACUGGUUGCCGACAACCGCAGACUCCAAAAAUCCAUGACUUUUCCCAGGGUGGGUUCACGAUCUGGAAGACGGACAUUUCUCGAUGCCGGAGGAAAUCGGAGGUGACUCCAAGAGUCCAAUGGCUGGCGGUACAUGGGAAGCUAGCUAGGGGACGGGAUUUCUAUCGUGUUUUAACUUUUGACAUCCGGUUGUAGUAGAGCUGCCACGUAUUUGUCGCAGGACACCUAACCCGCCCGUCUUAGAGUUGUCCCUAAUAUUGUCCCGCAGGAUGCCAUGGUGCAUGUCUAAUUCCGGCGGUCUGUCUGACUAGACAUGUAUGAGGACACACGGGGGGUUGGGACGUCUUCGAGGAUUGGGCGAGUUCCUUGCUAUUGUCAGCACGAGCUUUGCUUGCCAUCUUGCACAAACUACUGCGGCUGUCCACACUUGUCUCUCUCUCUGUCACCCGUUACCAAGUGAGAUGAGCAGUCCGUACGGAGUACAGCAAGCAUUGAGAAUCGUACCAGCCCUAGCCCCUGACGAUGAAUGCCUCGAUGGUUGAAACAGCGGGAAGGGGACUGAAGGGGACAAGACGAGAGGCUCGUGGGAGUCGGGACAAAAGGGUGGGGGACCGUGCACCGCGGGAGC